ACCAGUAUAUGAUUAUGAUUUAUGACCUUGGAGCUUGGACUCGAACUCACAACCAAUCAUGCAAUUAGCAAGAAAAAGCUCAAUCCAACACAAAUGAUGCAGAGGCCCAUGCCUUGUCCCAUUUGUUCCCUUCUCUCUAUUACUUUCAAAAACAAAACACACUCUUCUUCACAAAAAGUUAAAAGACUCUUAUUAAUAUAUAAAGGAAGCACGAGAUAAAACUUGGGAAAAACGAGAGCCUAACAUUUACCACCCAACUUCAAAACAAACAAACAAAAGAAAGAGUUUGAGAUGAGAGGGCAUGAGCCACGAUCAAGCUCAUCUUGUGCAGCCUGCAAGCUCUUGAAGAGACGAUGCACUCCCACUUGCAUUUUCGCUCCUUAUUUCCGCUCAAGUGACCUGAUAACUUUCGCCAAAGUCCAUAAAGUCUUUGGAGCCAGCAACGUCAGUAAGCUUCUCGGUGAGGUUCCCGAAGAACAGAGACAAGAAACCGUUAACUCGUUGGCUUAUGAAGCUGAGGUUCGUCUCAAGGAUCCUGUUUACGGUUGCAUUGGAGCUAUAGCUUCACUGCAGAAGAAGAUGCUUGAGCUUCAACAUGAUCUAGCUGUUGCUCGCACUCGACUACUUGCCCAUUCUGGGGGAAACAACCACGUGUCCCCGUUGGAUAAUUCUCCUGAACUUGCUGCUUUUCUUGAUCUUGUACCUUAUAGUGACUUGAUGUUGCUUGAUGGGUCUAGUCUUGAUGCUUACUUGUAUGAUCUUGGACAGCCUCCUUUUGUAUAGGCCUUACCUCUCUAUCAUAUCUCUUUAUCAGCUGUAAUUUUCACUUUGCUUGCAAGUCAUCUUCGAUAAUCUAAAGUAUAUCUCUGAUGUACGAAUUCCAAUAUUCAGAACCAAAUGCUUACUUCAUCGUUUGUAUGCAAGAACCGAGUUUAAACUUUCAAAGUAACCAUCACAUGCGAAGAGAUAACUCAGGUACAUGAUGAGCCUUGGAAGGUCAGAGUCCUUACCAGUUUUGGACCAAGUGGUAGGCCAAGGAGAGUAAAGUGAGGUUUUUUAGAUGCAAAGCUUCUUUGUAAGUCAGGUCUGAAUAGGAGAGCACAUGCUUAUGUAGCCCCAAAUUCUACCAAACAUGAAACAUCGAUAGAUAUACUUCUGCAAUGUUCCUUUUUGAGGCUCCAAUAAUUCAGCCUCAUGUGUCACCUCUUCUCCCUCAGGUCACAAGAGUCUUGUCCUGGAGAUUCCAGAGUGCUGCAAAGUCACAUAGGCAAACAGCCAAAUCAAUAGCUUGGUGGGUUUGAUCAAAUUCAAACUAAUUAUGAAUGAAUGUGAAUAGAUGAGUUCUCCUCAGAACCGCGCUACACAUCUGGUUAGGCAUUCCUGAAACCUGAUUUAGCAAAAGACUAAUCGCACAUCACAAAAAGAGAGAUGAGCACUAUUUGGAACUGCAGGCAGCUGAUACACAAACCAUCAUACAUUGAUACUUCACAAAAGUACAUCUUGAUAUGUCAGAUACUACGAGUGUUCUUUUGGUAAUCCGCAUUGUUACUACCAAUGUACUCUACAAUGCUAAAGAAAAGAAUGAAAAAGAAAAAAACAAGAAGAAAAAAAA